GCUCAACUCAUCUGCAGCGUGCUGAUGCAAUGGGCAGAAGCUGGGAGUUUGGACGACUUCAUUGACGUCCGCUUGGGUCGUGCCUCACCAGGUCAUAUUGGACAUCUUCAUCCUGUCUCGACACCAACCUCUGGCGCGUCGGAUGGACCUACCCAAACAAACCCAUUAUCUCGUGGCGCGCGCAUUCGUGCCUUUCGUGCCAUGCAGAGUGCAUCGCCUGAGGAGCGCGAAAGGUUGCGCCGAGAACUGAACGGAGAGCCGAAUGGCAGUCCAUCCACCGACUGGAAGGCUGUCCAUCUGUUGAGUGCGGAAGAGGUGAAAAGUUUGUUCAAGGAUGUUGUCGAAGGACUGGCGUUCUUAGUGAGUGCUUCCGUUAUGAACGGGCCAUAGAG